CUGAUCUCUUAAUGAAAUACAGAACAACUAUCUCUGAAAAACGAAAAUGGGCAAUCGCCAUAGCCAGUCUUACUCCCUCUCAGAGGGCAGUCAACAGUUGCCCAAAGGGGACACCCAACCCUCAGCAGCAGCCGUGCAGCCUCUCAGCCACCCAUCAGGGAGUGGAGAACCCGAGGCCCAUCAGCCUGCCAAAGCAAGAAGACAUCAGGGUUUUGACGUGGAUCGAGAUACCAAAAAUCUGAACAAAGCCUGCAAAGGAAUGGGAACCGAUGAAGCAACCAUCAUUGAAAUCUUAUCAAGCAGGACAUCGAAUGAGAGGCAACAAAUAAAGCAAAAGUACAAGGCAACGUACGGCAAGGUGACUCCAAGGGUCCUGGCAAGCAUGCACAUGGCCUUGGCCAUGGCGGAAAUCAUCGCCAUUAAAGAGGCCUACCAGAGGUUAUUUGACAGGAGCCUUGAAUCAGCUAUCAAAGAUGAUACGAGUGGCAACCUAAAAAAAAUUCUGGUGUCUCUGCUACAGGCUAAUCGGGAUGAAGGAGAUAAUGUGGACAAAGAUCUAGCUGGCCAGGAUGCCAAAGAUCUGUAUGAUGCAGGGGAAGGCCGCUGGGGCACCGAUGAACUUGCCUUCAAUGAAGUUCUGGCCGAGAGGAGCCACAAGCAGUUACGAGCCACCUUUCAAGCCUAUCAGAUUCUUAUCGGCAAAGACAUCGAAGAGGCCAUCGAAGCAGAAACCUCAGGAGAUCUGCAGAAGGCCUACUUAACUCUUGUGAGGUGUGCCCGGGACCAGGAGGGUUAUUUCGCUGACCGUCUGUACAAGUCCAUGAAGGGAGCGGGGACCGAUGAGGAGACGCUAAUUCACAUCUUUGUGACCAGGGGUGAGGUGGAUCUUCAGGGGAUAAAAGCAAAGUUCCAAGAGAAGUAUCAGAAGUCUCUCUCUGACAUGGUUCGCUCGGACACUUCUGGGGACUUCCAGAAACUGCUGGUGGCCCUCUUGCACUGAACGAAGCCAGAGCAGUGGGAGCACAGGGAGGAGUCAAUCACCUUUGUCAAGAGUCCAUUCCAAACCAGAUUUGCAAAUGGGACUCCAGCAUGAAAACCUUUCAAGAGUCUUGGUUUAUUUUUUUGGGCAGCUUGAGUAGUGUAGCCAGGCCAGGCUGAUUCGGUUAAAGACAGCAGCCUCAGGAUGGCUUGGGCACAUCAUCCUUGAACGUUGGCUUAGCAAGUAUCUGGGCUGCCUCUUAACUUCCCUUUAGUGUGGCAACUGAAUGCUUUUUAAGUACAAAUGAAAUCAGCAGUUGAUGACAAAACAAUCCACUUGUAAUAAAACAUUUACAAGACCAUGUAUCGCACUGUGGGGGCGGGGGGUGUCCUGGGUAAAGAUUAAAUGGUUAAGGUACGGAGAAGACAAAAUUAAACAGUUCGUUAAUUUUCCUUCUUUGUGUUCAAUUUCAAAGCCUCAAUGUUAAUUAAAGUUGCG